AUGAUUCGAUUGAUUGGCGGUGAUGACAAAUGGAGCGGCAAAGUGGAAAUCUACCGCCAUGAUGCUUGGGGUGCAGUCUGCGAUAGCAGUUGGGAUAUGAAGGACGCCACCACCGUUUGUCAUCAGUUCGGCUUCAUCGAGGCUCUGGAGGCUAAAACGGGGUUGUCCAGCCGAGAGAGUGACCGGCCGAUCGUGAUGAAUCGAGUCGCCUGUACUGGAACUGAACGACGGCUGGCUGACUGUCCGUUUGUCUGUACCGGCUCUCAGCAAUGCAGCAGCUCAACUGUAGCAGGAGUCGUUUGUAAACCAAGACCUGAUGAGCUUCGGUUGGUCGGCGGAUCUCGCACCAGCGGCCGAGUGGAGAUAUACCGUGGCGGCAGCUGGGGCACCAUCUGUGAUUCCAAUUGGAACGAGACUGAUGCGGGGAUUGUCUGCCGCCAGCUCGGUUUCUCAGACGCACUGGAGGCCAAGUCCGCUGCCCACUUCGGGCAGGGUAGCGGACCCGUCCAUAUGGAUGGCGUUGCGUGCGAAGGAUCCGAAGAGAAAAUUACCGACUGCCCUUCCUACUGCUGGGAGGAGACAAGUUGUAGCCACUCUCACGAUGCUGGAGUGAUCUGUAGUGACGGAGACACCGUAACAACCAACAAGUGACGAAAGCUAAACCGCUCAAGCAACCAGGAAGGAUAGGACACCAACUAUAUUAUUAUACACACUAAUCUCCUUUUUUUUAAAGGGACAAUUAAUAUUUGUUUCAUGGUAUUUUGGACCAUUCAAAGCGCCCAUCGUAAUUGCUGGUCGAAUUCUUCUAUACUCACGCGACUGGCCUGGGCCUAUAACCCGC